AUGACCGUCAUUCAAAAUGUGGAACUGUUGCUCCAGGUGUCGGAGAUGCUUCGUGAAAUUGCGAAACAUCUCCGGAGCCACGGCGCUACCCGAGAGUCUAAGCAUUUCUACAGCAGCGUCAUGGCUCAUUGCUUGAUGAUUCACGAUCACAUCAGCCGCAUCGAGGCCUUCAUUGCCGAUGAUAAUAAUCUGAUCACAAGCAUGUUGCUUCGACUCGAGGUAACCGUCACUUCUGAUGUCUUGAAAAUUCAAGCUACCUCUCAUUUCUUGAAAACUCGAUCGGUGCUCUCAACCACGGCUUACCCUCGGCUCGCAACGCUACUCGACGCAUGGAACCAUGCUCGCCGUGAGGGCGGUACCAUGGAACUGCAGCUCUUAAUGCUCUCAAUCGACCUUACAGAAGACCCAGAGCAACCGGAUAAGCUGAUUGAAUUUUUCGAAGACUGGGAAGAUGACCUCAAGGUUCAAUAUCCCGACGAUCCGGCACUGUGGGCUCGAGAUGAUAUGGCCAGCUUGAAGAAGAAUAGAAGACAGCCGUCAUACUUGGUUCUGAAUGCCCCACAGUCAUUGUUCCUUGCCCUGGUGGAGUCGAAAGACUGUACAUGUCAGCCUGUACAUGACUUCGGUGUUCGGCUUUGUCUGGGAACAUUUCAAACUCUCCCGGAGACUGAGAAGGAGCGGGAGCACGACUGCGCGUUCGAGAUGUUUCUAUCGAUGCAACAGGAAUGGCACGAGGCUGACGUGUGUUUCGCUAAGAGUGCCGGAAUAAACUUUGCGCAGACCAACAAAACCGCGCAGAGGCCAAAGGUCCCCGCCAUGAAGAUCAAGAGUCUAUGUGAACCGAUUAAGAAGAGAAAGCCCUAUGAUCGUCUAAAGCUGAAAGUUGGGGAAGAUGGACGACUGUGGAAGCUGCGUUCCGAAAAGUCCUGCUUUGCAGUGGAUGAGACUAAAGCGCCGGUCUCACUGCAGCACUUUAUCCAGGGCCAGUACAGGUCGCUGACCGAUAAGACCAAACGUAUUCUGGCCGUGAUUCUCGGAUACGCUGUUCUAUACCUCCAUGAGACUCCCUGGCUUCCGCCCUCAUGGGGCCCUUCGAGUAUCUUGUUCUUCCACACGACUUCGUCGGCGAUUCCUCUCAAACCCUUUAUCCAAACUCAAUUGGCAAAAGAUCACGCGGUCGCUUCUCCGAGCAUUUCCAUUAUAGACUCAGAUGACUUUGAUCCCGACGACUUAGACCCUGAUGACAUUAUGAUACAUCAGUGUCCGCAUUUGGUGACGUUGGGGAUAGUGUUGAUGGAGCUGUAUCUCGCCACUCCCUUCGAAGAACUAGCCGAAAAAUACGGUGUGCCUUUGAAUGAUCGGACGAGGUCCAUCGAUGCAGAGCUAGUGUUUGAACAGUGCAAAAAUGAAAUCCCGGAGAAUUCCCAGUUCCAUUACGCCGUGAAGAAAUGCUUAGACCCAAAGGUGUGGGAGGACAACAAUGGAGCCCGCUUAAGCGACAAUGCAUUGAAAACUGCAAUAUACCAGGAGGUUGUUAGUCCAUUAGAGGAUGAGCUGAGCCAAGCCUUUAGCUACAUUUCUCUUGAACAACUUGAUCGCAUUGCACAAAGCCUGGAUCUGGCUAGUUGGGGUCAGGCUAUCCAGACUUACCAGGCUUCUCCUCGUUCUCCUGGAACUCCCGUCAACAUGGCGUUGAGACCAGCACAGGGGCUCUCAUCGAUCCAAGACUUGAAAGAUCAAUAUCAACAACAGCAAAGAUAUCUAGCGCAUCUUCAGGGAUCGGUCUCAUUGCCAGUGAUGCCUAUUUUUCAGCCUGUUUCUUCUGCAAUGACCGUGCCCCAACCAGGGAUAACGGCUCAGGUUCCUUACUCAAGCAUGAAAUUCUUUGAUGAUGAAACAGCUGCCGAAGAGCAUUCAGCAGAAGCAUGUAUCAAUUACCGCAACUGGCGUCAAAGAUAUAAAGAUGUCUACGAGAAGCACAUCUUUCAGCCACCCAGGAUUCCGGUGAAAAUCGCUGUUUUUGAUACCGGAGUGGAUCAGACACACCCAGACGUAGAUGCAUGCAUUGAGCAGAUCAAGGGUCAAUUCAAUUGGACGAACGAGAAAUUUCCCCGGCUGGUCGACGACUACAACGGUCACGGAACCUUUAUCACGAGCUUGCUCAUGGAAUAUUGUCCCGAUGCAGAGAUCUACAUCGCUAAGAUUUCCGACGGCAAACCAUCCAGUCCCAGCAUCAUCGCCAAGGCUCUAAACUAUGCAGUCAACGAAUGGGAGGUUGACAUCAUCUCCAUGUCGUUUGGGUUUCACACAAGGGAUGUCGAAGGCUACGAUGAGCUGGAACGUGCCAUUCACAACGCAUACUCCAGCCAUGUUCUUCUCUUUGCUGCCGCUUCGAACAGCGGUGCGAACCUGGACAGGGCUUACCCAGCUCGCGAUGAGAAUGUGAUCUGUAUCAAUUCGACAGAUGCAAAUGGAAACCGCUCACCCUUUAGCCCUACUGCUCUCGCGGACACACUGAACCUGGCCACGGUCGGCGAGGCCGUGGAGUCCGCUUGGCCAGUGCGUCUCUGCGAAUCGCCGUCCGGCCUCAAGCAUAAAUCGGGGACAUCAUUCGCCACCCCCAUCGCGGUUUCCAUUGCGGGCUUCCUGCUGCAGUACACCCGGCUACAUAUCCCCGAGCAUGCGUACCUGUUGCAACGACGGUCGAAAAUGCAAGCCGUGCUGCGGAAGAUCGCGGAGAAGAGCCUGGACUCGCGAGCUCGCGACGACUACCAUUUUAUGGCCUUGAGCCUUUAUUCCGAUAAUCUAUUUGGGAAGGACCCAGAGUUCAUCAACCAUACACUGCGCGAUAUACUCCGCCGGUAA